UUUGUGUGGUUUGUAUUGAAGAAAAUGGAAUGAAAGCUCAAUUGAAUGGUUUUAUCGAACAUUUGAGUGACAAUUCAUUCCAUUUAAUGUAGACAUCGGUUACACAAUCAUUACAACAAUGACUACACUAAUGAUGGAUACAAUUGAUGACAAUUAUGACAUCAAUAUUGUUGACAAUAGUGAAGAUCAAACAACACGUGACAAACACAUUGACACUAAUCAAGAGUCCAAUGAAGAGCCAAAUGAAGAGCCAAAUGAAGAGCCGAUUAAUGAACCAAAGAAUGUGGACAAAGAUUGCAGUCAACUGAAUGAACCAAAUUCACAGUCAGUGGUGUCGACAACCACUUCCAGUACUAAGUAUUAUAGAAAAACUUCAUCAGAAAUGGCAAUCAAAUUAUGGAAAGUAUUGGAAACGAUUGAUUGGCAAAAGAGUGGACAAGAAUUGAAUGAUUUGGUCAUCAAACAGAUGAUUGAUGUCUUCAAUGUUAAAGUCAAUGACAAGCGAAUCAACCAAUUACUCGAUUGGGCCGUUGAAGACAAACUAGUGAUCAAAGAGACCAAUGAUGUCUAUUAUGUGAGAUAUGUGCCAAACUAUGACCGCAAACUAUUGCCCGAACUAACCAAUGAUUGGUUAUGUUUUGAGUGCCAUUCGGUUUUGGAUCAGUUGUUAAUUGAUUGCAAUCAGUGCUUCCGUUUGUUCCACAAGACGUGCAUUAAAGACAAACUGAAAGAAUUGCCAAACGAUUCGUUAGUUUGUUUCUAUUGCCGACAAUUGACUGAAACGGAUGAAACAUUGAGAGUGAAUAAAGUUUCCAAAGAAGUACUCAACAAAUCAAUAGAUUUGUUGAUAAAAAAUUUGUGUCUCAGUUAUGAUUCACAAUUGUUCGCUAAAUAUAACAUCGAUUGGAAUAAAGAGGUUCUGAUGUUUGUCUUCAAAGAGAUGGAUUUGGAGACAAUACGUCAAAAUGCAAUACAAUGCAAAUACAACAAACUUCAAGAAAUGGUUAACGAUUUCAAACAUUUUAUUCACAAUUACAUGGUUUGUCGUAAAGACAACUUUAAACAACAGUUUAAAGAUAUCAUUGAAUUUGAUAAGAAGUUCAACCACGAGAUUAAAGAGUUGAAGCUUUGCGUUGACUGCUAUUUGUAUUCAUCGGACGUAACCUAUGAUUCGGACGAUAAACCGCAUGAAUGGUUCACUUUGGUAUGCGAUCCGCCGCAUGAGUUAGUAUUUGCAAAGUUGGGUAAAUACCCGGCCUGGCCAUCAAAAGUGAUUGCUGUACUGCCCGGUGGCAAACAAUAUGACGUUCGCUUCUUUGAUCCGCCGGACUUUUCCCGAGCCAUUCUUCCCAAAAGCAAAUUGUCUCCAAUCGAAGGUUUUCGAUAUGAAGAAGACGACGAUUUGGAAGUUCCGGUUCAGCUCUUGGAGGAACACAUCUGCAAAUUGAAUGCAAAAGGCAUCAAAUAUGUCCAAACUAUUCGUGGAAUAACACAAAAGAGACGUCAUUCGGAAACCCCCGACACUGGCGAACGACCGCAUAAAAAGGCUAAGAAAUCGGUGACGAAUUGUCAACUCAUUUAUUAAUGCUUUGUUUUCUUUUGUUUUUUUCAUUACUUAUUUAAUUCAUUUUCAUUUAUUAUUAGUUUUG